AUGCCGUGUUCUUGCUCAGUUUUGGAACACGACAAACAUUCGCAACUUGUUAUUCAAGCUGGUCGGAGUUUAACUAAAAUCGCAACACAUUUUGGUCAGAAAUUUGACCGAUAUGCCAAUGCAUGUCUUCAUGCUUGCCUAGUAAAGUUCAAGGAAAAAAAAGUCUCCGUUGUCUCUGAGCUUCGAGCUGCUGCUAUGGCCGCUAUAAGAUGUAUACCCUUGGAAAGUGGUGUUGAUAUCUUAUUGACUGGCCUUACUCAUGCUAAUCCGAGCGUUCGCUCUGAGUCAUUGCUUCUGGUCAGAGAGUUGAUGCUUUCAAAUCAAGCUGAAGCGGAAUCUUCUACUCGGACCCCGCAAACGAAUGCUUCCUUACAACGGCUUAAACUGGUCCGACAACUUUUACCUCAGCUUAUUAAACUUACGGAAGACCAGCAUCCCGAAUCUCGAGAAGCAGCUUUUAAUGCUUUGGCAGGGAUACAACUCUUUUUAGGCUCUAAUCGCCUCUUUAUCAAGACUGUCUUAUCCAAUUUCGACGGGAAUCCUGGCAAGCAAUCCCGGUUGGAAUUGGCUGUUAAGAGCCUUAUGGAGGAGUCAUCUAAUGUACAACAGGUUGUCACAUUUUCAACCAGGUCAUCUUCAAGCAAACAUGAUUUUGGGAAACCAGUUUCGGUCACUACCUCCGAAUCUGGACAAACUGAUCUGGAUGCACCUAAAGGGCGGAUUAUCUCGGUCUCUCAGACCCCGACCAAUGAGCCAAUCCCUGCCGGACCUUCUCAUGCUACCUCUGUCCCUACUCGUCGAGUAGGUGCUAUUAUUUGCGAAGGAGGGAAGGCAACAACGGAAGCCACCGCUUUACAACGAUUGGCUUAUGAAGUGAUUCGUGUUACUUCGUUCCCGCCGAUCAACCUAUCUCUGGAAGAUGCGGAUUCUAUCUCAGCCGAGUAG